AUGGGAGUGAUUUCUAAAGUGACUCAGCCCACCCCAUGGUGUGCGGGCAUGGUGGUGGUGCCCAAGGCCCAAGGGAAGAUUCGGCUGUUGAGCAGUUUGACGUUAGGGGACUCGGAGCGCAGGCCUUCUCCUGGUCAGCAGAGGGAGAUGCUAUCUGAUCUCCCCUCAGACAACGCAGGGACGGGUUUAGUCCAAAGAUGUGUGGUUGUGCAAAGAGACAAUCUGGGGUUUGGUUUCACCGUCUGUAGCGAGAGAAUCAAACUAGUGCAGAAUGUUCGGCCAGGUGGAGCGGUGGUCAAGGCUGGAGUUCAGGAAGGAGACCGGAUCAUUAAGGUCAAUGGUCCAUUGGUUUCGUCCAUGUCUCAUCAGGAAGUGGUGAAGAUGAUCAAAUCUGGGACGUAUGUGGCGUUGACUCUUCAGGGCCCGCCUCCUUCAGUCCCGUCCGUCCCGCUUCAGCCCCUCCCCACUGACCUCUUGCCCAAUCACAAGACAGCACCUGGUGAAGCCCCGCCUCCUCCACCAACACCUCCCACAGGAAGCAGCACCCCGACUCAGAGAAUCACGGGACCCAAACCAUUACAGGACCCCGAGGUGCAGAAACACGCCACAGAAAUCCUGAGAAAGAUGCUGGAGCAGGAGGAGGCAGAGCUGCAGAACCUUCUGGAGGAACAGUCUCAAAACCCCUCGCCUUCAUUACAGGAGCGAAUAGAAAGUGCCAAACGAAGAGCCAGCCAAGUGCGAGUGAAGAUCCAGCAGGAUGUGGACGGCACUCGAUCAGAAGCUGGCACUAACUAUCUCACGGCUGGAGAAGGUCGGUUAUUGAUGGACUCCAGCGAAGGGGUUGUCGAGGUGUGUGAGAGUCCCUUCUCCUCCCCCUGCACCUUCCUCAGGAGCCCUCUGCUCCGCCGGCAGGGGUCCGACACACACCCCUCAGACUCGGUGAGACACACACGAGACCCCGGUCACACACGCCACUGCUCUGUGCUCGGCCUGCAGUCUGAGGGUCUUGUGUCUCUUCAGGGAGGGAAGACACAGAUCAUUGGGCCGGAGGAAGAGGAGGAGGAUGAUGGGUAUCCCAUCAGUGAGAUGGACGGGCCGUUUCAGGACAUGGAGCUGCUGAAGAGUCGGCCGGCUCACAUGACGGUGUUCCUGAGAUACGUGUUCAGCCAGCUCCUGGAUCCAAACCCACUGUUGUUUUAUCUGUCUGUGGAGGCGUAUCUGGGCUCGAGCCCGAAAGACGCCCGUUCGCUCGCCCCUCAGAUCUGCUCGCACUUCCUGGACCAAGAUGCCCCUGUGAAGAUUAAAGUCCGGGAGGAGUUUCUGACAGAUAUAGAGAGUCGUCUGCACGCGCAGGAGGACAUCCGAGGGCCGCUGUCUGAGCUCCAGCAGCAGGUGCUUCCAGAUAUUCAAGAGCAGCUUCAAGACUAGAGGAGCAAGCAGACGAUGGGUCUGGGCUCUCUGUUCGGAGAGAGCGACCUGCAGCAGUUAGACGGAGACCCGGUGAAAGAGCGGCAGCUGCUGGACAAACAGGUGCUGGCGCUCUGGGACGUCCCUUCAAAACAUGAGGAGGACAGAAGCUCUCCGCUAGCGUCUGCGGUUCAUCUCUAUCUCAGACUCGGCAUUAAACUCAGAGACUCCAAAGUGUUUCCCGGCUUGAUGUCCGAGAAGGAAAAGUGGCUUCCGUUCUUUCCUAAAGCUAAGAAGAUAAAUCUGAGCAGCGCCAAACGAGAGAAGGAUGGAGACGACAAGAAACAAAAUCCCAUCCUGAAGUACAUCGGCAAACCCAGAAGCACGUCCCAGUCCACGUUCCACGUUCCUUUGUCCCCCACUGAGGUUCGUCCGGGCAGCGUGAGAAACAUCAUCCAGCAGUUUGAGAAUAAUUCAGACUCUGUUGAAGACGGUGAUAUCAAGGGACAGCACUUGUCUUCCAGCAGCUUUGGAGAGGACAGCAUGGACAGUCCGACUAUCUUGGUGCGUUUGGCUCGCAGCGAGUCUUUGAAGGCUCAGGGGGAGGGGCGUCGGCGAGGAGGCGGGGUGGGGGCGGAGUCUGUCCCUCGUUCCCGUAGCGAUGUGGACAUGGAGGACUGUGAGGAGAGGGAGGGGCCAGGGCUGAGACGGUUACAUCACAGCGCCUCGUCCUCAGCAUCCAGCAGCUCAGCACGAUCGCUGGAGAACCCGACGCCGCCACACACGCCUCGCUCUCAGCGCAGGCUGCUGGACGCUCCGGCGGCUCUGUUACCAGACGCUCCGGCUCUGGACGAGGACGUGAUCGACUCGCAGAACUGGCAGGAGACGGUGGAGCCGCAUGUGAUGACCUCACUCUCCUCACGAGAGAUCGACCGGCAGGCCGUGAUCUACGAGCUGUUCACCACGGAGGCGUCUCACCUGCGCACGCUGCGGGUUCUGGAUCAGGUGUUUUAUCAGAAGAUGCAGAGCGUCCUCAGUCCAGAAGAGCUGGCCUGCAUCUUCCUGAACCUGCGUCACGUCUACGAGCUACACGCGAGCCUAUGUGAGGCCAUGAAGAAGCGCAGGGAAUCGCCAAUCGUUCAGGGCAUCGGAGACAUCAUGCUGGCCAGAUUGGAGGGAGAGGCUGGAGAUCAGUUCGAGGAGCAGGUGUCUCAUCUGUGCAGUCAGCAGAGUCAAGCGCUGGAGCUCAUCAAGAGCAAACAGCGCAAAGACCCUCGCUUCGCUCACCUCAUACAGGAGUGUGAGGCCAGUCCUCACUGCUGCAGGUUACAGCUGAAGGAUCUGCUGCUGGCUGAGAUGCAGCGCUUGACUAAAUACCCUCUGCUGCUGGACAACAUCAUCAAACACACAGAGACGGCGUCUCCUGACCUGCAGCUGCUUCAGAGAGCACAGGCCCGUUGCCACGGGAUACUGCAGGCUGUUAAUGAGGUCGUCAGGGAGACGGAGCACCGGCAUCGGCUCGGCCAAUACCAGCACAGGCUGGACCUGACGCCUCUGGAGCGGCUGGCCAAUCCCGUCGCAGCGCAGUUCAAGAACCUGGAUCUCACCACUAAGAGGAUGAUCCACGAGGCGCCGCUCACCUGGAAAGUCAGCAAAGACAAAGCCAUCGAGGUGCAGGCGCUGCUGCUCUCAGAUCUGCUGGUGCUUCUGCAGAGGGGUGCAGACGAGCGGCUCGUCCUGCACAAUAAAGCGCUGUAUGUGAUCAGCACUUCAGAGAGUCAGAUCUAUGAGCUGGUGGCCGGGACAUCCUCGGAGAAGAACACGUCGUCUGAUGCACGCUCAUCUGCCAAUGCAUUAGAUGUGUCGGAGUCGUCCGUGUCUCUGGAGCGGGACUCUAGUGAAGAUGAAUGCACUCUCACACCGAGCGACGGAUCAGACGCGCCCCGGCGCCAGAAUAAAGCCGCUGUCGCAGAAGCUGCUCUUCAGGACGUGGAAACCCUCCGUCAGCUGAUCUUCAGAGACCUGGAGGACGGGUGGAGUCAAGAUUCAGAUGACACGCCCACAAACGAGACGGCCAAUGAAAGAAGCCCCUUCACAGACAGACCUGACCCCGCCCCCAGCGAGAGCCCCGGUCAGUGGGGGGAGGAGCCUGUAGAAGCUCCGCCCCUGGAGGUGCUGCAUUCACCUGUUCAGGUGGUGAGGAAAGGAAACAUGUUUUAUCUGGUCAUGCCCAAAGAUCAGUGGCGCGCUCUCACAGACGAGAGCAGCACAGACGAGCUCAAAGACUCAGACGCGUCUCACAACAUCCAUCAGACUCCAAACAUGUCCUUCAUCAACGAGGAAGAGGAACAGGACCAAUCACUGACUGAGACCCUGAGUCACAGGGAAAGACUCGGCCAAUCACAGCUGAGCAUCCAGCGACAUGUGAUCAAAAACGUGGAUGAGAUCUUCAACACCAUGGAGGAGCUGAUGAGGAAACUACAGCACCUGAGGGACAUUGAAGCCGAUCACUACAAACUCCUAAAGAAAUUAAGAAAACCUCUUCCAGUGGAUAAAAUGUCAAGCGAUCUUGUCUACAAGCCUCCCACAGCGGUCCGAAUGCCGUCGCUGGACCGCGGAGCCGGAGAUGGUAAACCAGCUCAGCCAGAAAUCCAGUCCACUGGUUUCUGACGGUUUACACUGGACCUACUGGAGGACUUUCAUCUCGCGCAAACACACUCUCUGCACUCCAUGAUGUAGCUCCUUCCCAGCAUGCCUUGCGCCCGGAAGCGCCAUCCAGGCUAAAUUAUGUGUCGAUCAGAAAUUCGUGACUUGGGACGGACGACCCUUCGGCCAGCACUGAGAAAGAAAGGAGGAAAAAGAAAGUAGUUGCGCAUUCGAGAGAGAAAGUUAAAUGUUGUUGACGAAGAACGUAAUUGCGAUGCGCGAAGAACAGGAAGUGAAAAACGCAAGCGGAACGUGAACUAGCGAGGCUGAAGACAUGAGCAGU